AUGGAUCAACAAUUCCUGAGUCAACUUGAGCAAACUUUGACUGCUAUUACUCAGCCAAACAAUGCAGGGAUUAAGGAAGCUACUAAGACUUUGCAAUCCCAAUUCUACACCCAACCUUCUACCGUUCCAGCUUUGAUUCAUAUCCUACAUAACAAUGCUGAUGAUGCUUUGAAACAAUUAGCUGGUGUUGAAGUUAGAAAGAUGAUUCCAAAGCACUGGGAAAGUCUAGAUGAUUCUAUUAAGACUUCUAUCAAGACUUCAUUGCUACAAUCUGCAUUCAGUGAACAAAAGGAAAUUAUUCGUCAUUCCAAUGCUCGUGUUAUUGCCAUUAUUGGUAACGAGGAACUUGAAGCUAACAAAUGGCCAGAAUUGAUUCCAAAUCUGAUCCAAGGUGCAUCUGGUGAUGAUGCCCAAGUAAGACAAACAGCUGUUUUCAUUCUAUUAUCCUUAUUGGAAGAAUUCAGUCCAUCCUUAGCUGUUUACAUUGACGAUUUCUUAAAUCUAUUUGCUCAUACUAUCAACGAUACUGCUUCAUUAGAAACAAGAUCCUUAUCUGCCCAAGCUUUGAAUCAUAUUUCUGCUUUAAUUGAAGAAAAUGAAAACAUCAACGAACAACAAGCCACCAAGUUCGCAUCCUUGAUUCCUUCUGUUGUUAGCGUCUUGGAUGCUGCUAUUAAAGCAGACGACAAUACAAACGUCAAACUAAUUUUCAACUGUUUCAAUGACUUCUUGUUGUUAGAUUCUAGACUGACCGGUAACUCUAUUGCCGAUUUGGUUAAAUUGGCUCUUCAAAUUGCCAUAAACACUGAAAUUGAUGAAGAUAUUAGAGUGUAUUCCAUUCAAUUCAUUAUUUCUUCGUUAUCAUACAGAAAAUCUAAGGUUAUUCAAGCAAGAUUAGGUCCAGAAAUUACCCAAGCCGGUUUAAAAAUUGCUUCUGAAGAAAUCGAUGUUGACGAUGAGCUAAACAAUGAAGACGAAGCUGGUGAAAAUGAAGAAAACACCCCAUCAUUGAGUGCUGUUAGAUUGUUAGCAUUUGCUUCAGCUGAAUUACCACCAUCUCAAGUUGCAACAAUCAUUAUUGACCACAUGACACAAAUGUCUCAAUCGACAAAUGCCUUCGAAAGAAGAGCUAUUUUAUUAGCCAUUUCUGUUGCUGUUUCUGGUGCUCCAGAUUACGUUUUAUCUCAAUUUGAUAAGGUUAUUCCAGUUACAAUUCAAGGUCUAAAGGACUCUGAACCAGUCGUCAAACUAGCUGCCUUGAAGUGUGUUAGUCAAAUGACUUCUGAUUUACAAGAUGAGGUUGCUAAGUUCCAUGAAGAAUACUUACCAUUGAUCAUUGAAAUUAUCGAUUCUGCUAAGUUUGCUACUAUUUACCGUUACGCUACCAUUACUCUUGAUGGUUUAUUAGAAUUUAUUUCUUUCUCAGCCAUUGCCAAGUACUUGGAACCAUUAAUGAACAAAUUGUUCUAUAUGUUGGAAAAUAAUAACUCCUCUAAAUUAAGAUGUGCGGUUGUUUCUGCUAUUGGUUCUGCUGCAUUCGCUGCUGGUAUUGCCUUCACCCCAUACUUCAAGACUAGUGUCCAAUAUUUGGAACAAUUUAUUCAAAACUGUUCUCAACUUGAAGGUAUGUCCGAAGAUGACAUCGAACUUAGAGCCAUGACAUUCGAAAAUAUCUCUACCAUGGCCAGAGCUGUUAGAUCUGAAACUUUCUCUGAAUAUGCUGAACCAUUGGUUAAUUCUGCCUAUGAAGCUAUCAAAACUGACUCUGCUAGAUUAAGAGAAUCUGGUUAUGCUUUUAUUGCUAACUUAUCAAAGGUUUACGGUGAAAAUUUUGCUUCAUUCUUGGCUACUAUCCUACCUGAAAUCUUUAAGACUCUAGAACUUGAUGAAUAUCAAUUUAACUUCGAUGGUGAUGCUGAAGACCUUGCUGCAUUCACUGAAGAUGCCACAGAAGAAGACUUGCAAAGCAAAUUCACCGUUAACACUGGUAUCUCUUACGAAAAGGAAGUUGCCGCUGCUGCUCUAUCCGAAUUGGCUCUUGGUACCAAGGGUCAUUUCUUACCAUAUGUCGAACAAUCCCUAAAGGUUUUAACCGAACAAGUUGAUGAAUCAUAUGGUUUAAGAGAGACUGCUUUGAACACUAUCUGGAACAUUGUCAAGGCCGUUUUACUAGCUUCAAAGAUGGAACCAGAAACCUAUCCAAAGGGUAUUCCAGCAACUUCAUAUGUUGAUGGAAGUGUUCUAUCUAUUAUAAAGAAUGCCAGGGAUAUUUCCAUGAGUAAUAUCACUGACGAGUUUGAAACCACUAUGGUUAUUACAAUCUUAGAAGAUCUAGCCAAUAUGAUUAAACAAUUUGGUGCCAUAAUUAUAAUGGACAAUGGUGACUCCAGUGCUCUGGAGACCCUUUGUAUGCAAGUUUUGGCCGUUCUAAACGGUACCCAUACUUGUCAAACAAUUGAUAUGGAGGAAGAUGCUCCAAGAGAUGAAGACUUAGACUCUUCUGAAACUGAGGCUACCUUACAAGAUGUUGCACUUGAAGUACUAGUCAGCUUAUCUCAUGCACUUGCCGGUGAUUUUGGUAAGGUCUUUGAAAAUUUCAAACCAGUUGUUCUAGCCCUAUUCCAAUCUAAAUCUAAGAACAAGAGAUCCAGUGCAGUUGGUGCUGCUUCUGAAAUUGCUCUUGGUAUGAAGGAACAAAAUCCAUAUAUCCAAGCUAUGUUGGAGGCUCUAGUCGUCAGUCUAACAUCCGACAAAUCCUUAGAAGUCAGAGGAAAUGCUGCGUAUGGUGUCGGUCUACUUUGCGAAUAUGCCCAAUUUGAUGUUUCUGCAAUUUAUGAACAUGUUCUAAAGGCUCUAUAUCAAGUCUUGAGUACAGCUGAUCAAAAAAUGCUGGCCGCUGAUGAUGAUGAAGUCACUAGAGAAAUUAUUGACAGAGCUUUUGCUAACGCUAGUGGUUGUGUUGCUCGUAUGGCAUUGAAACAUGAAAACCUUGUUCCAUUAGAACAAACUAUUCCAGCUCUAUUAAGUCACAUGCCUCUACACACUGGUUUUGAAGAAUAUAAUCCAAUCUUUGAAUUAAUUAUGAAGUUAUACCAAGAUAGUAACGCUAUUAUUAUCAAUCAAACUCCAAAGAUUGUUGAAUUGUUUUCAGCCGUCUUUGUUAAGGAAAAUGAAAGAAUUAAGUUAGAACAAGAAUCUACUCUUGGUAGAGAAGAAAAUAUGGAAAGAUUGAAGCAAUUCCAAACUGAAGAAAUGAAGGGUAAGGUUAUUGAAUUAUUGAAGUACUUAAACACUACAUACAACGGUAUUAUUGGUCAAGACCCAGUCUUGGCUACUGUUAUUGCUUAA